AUGGGAGAAAGAGAAUAUGAAAGGAGGUACAGUAAAGGGAAUGAAAGGAGGUUGCAGCAGUUGGGGGCCGAAGAGACGACUUUACAAAGGACCUUGAAUAAUGGCUACAGUAUUGACGGCACUAUCCACCCCCACCCUACGGGGACCCUGAUCCGUAUAACGUCCGUAACAGUCCCCUGGGUCAAAUAUCCUAGAUCACCGGACUUCGAAUCCGUACGGAACCGUCGCAAAGUGCAAAGGAAAUGGAGCAAACCACAAGAUGUCGUCAGCUCCCACAACAGAUCGACCUUCCACCGCUUGACGGAAUUAAAGAAAAGAACCCCGACGCUGCAAAAGCAAUAUCGUGUCCCUGAUAAUGAGAAGAAUCUCUCCCAGAAAGUUACCCACUCAUUGCAAAAUCAUGAAGAGCUCCCAGAAAGUACUCACCCAUUGCGAAAUCACGAACAGCUCCCAGAAAGUACUCACCCAAUGCGAAAUCACGAACAGCUCCCAGAAAGUACCCACCCACUGCGAAAUCACGAGGAGCUCCCAGAAAGUACCCACCUAUUGCAAAAUCACGAGGAGCUCCCAGAAAGUACCCACCUAUUGCAAAAUCACGAGGAGCUCCCAGAAAGUACCCACCCACUGCGAAAUCAUGAAGAGCUCCCAGAGAGUACCCACCCAUUGCGAAAUCACGAAGAGCUCCCAGAAAGUACCCACCCAUUGCGAAAUCAUGAAGAGCUCCCAGAAAGUACUCACCCAUUGCGAAAUCACGAACAGCUCCCAGAAAGUACUCACCCAAUGCGAAAUCACGAACAGCUCCCAGAAAGUACCCACCCACUGCGAAAUCACGAGGAGCUCCCAGAAAGUACCCACCUAUUGCAAAAUCACGAGGAGCUCCCAGAAAGUACCCACCCACUGCGAAAUCACGAAGAGCUCCCAGAGAGUACCCACCCAUUGCGAAAUCACGAAGAGCUCCCAGAAAGUACCCACCCAUUGCGAAAUCAUGAAGAGCUCCCAGAAAGUACCCACCCAUUGCGAAAUCAUGAAGAGCUCCCAGAAAGUACCCACCCAUUGCGAAAUCACAAAAACGGUGACAAAUGGGACAGAAAUAUCAGUCCAAAUGUGACAGAAAUACCAGUCCCCAAAUAG